GUUCCACACCUCACAUGGCCACAACGGUACGACGUACAGCGCCGCACCAAUCUCCUUGCUUGUUCUGAACGUACAAUUCGUCGCCAGUAUAUGUGGUGACUCAUUUGCAAAAAGGAAUAGGCCUGGAACGUCCCAGCCUGCCGAGAUUGUCAGAGAACGUUUCUCAAACUAGUGCACGCGCUCCCUAGCCAUCAUGGACAAGCUCUCUUCGUCUUUCGCGGCUACUUCGACUUCGUCGCCCAGCUCCUGGAUCCCGCCAAGCCUGCUGGGCAAAUGGCUGUUAUUCGUCAGCUCGCUGGCGAUUCUCAAUUGCGUACAAAAUUAUAUCGAUUAUCAGUUCAGCAGAAAGGUCUACACGAGUGGCGGCGCUUCAGUUACCCCACUAUCUGCCAGGACAUUUGGCACGUGGAACCUCUUGUCGGCUGUUGUACGGUUCUACGCAGCGUACAAUCUCCAUUCGAAACCGAUCUACGAAGCGUGUAUGUGGACGUAUGUGAUCGCUCUCGGACACUUUGGUAGCGAGGUACUCGCGUUCAAGACUGCAAAGUUCACGGCAGGCAUAAUCAGCCCUCUCAUCGUUGCCUCCACCUCACUCGCCACGAUGGCGUUGCAGUACCGCCACUACAUUAGGUAGUGGACAUCGGGAAAAGAUGUAACCAACAUUGCACUCGGCCUUUUAUACCCGUG